GGGAGAGCGGCGCUGCAAGUGCGCGCCUCCGCGGGCGAGGAUGACGUUGGCUUGAAAAAUUGAGGGAAAAAUAUAAAUGUGGAAUUAAUUUUAUUUUCCACAUAUUUCUUUCGGGUCAUUCGCGUUUUGUUGUUGUUGUGAGUGAGAGAAAAUCUCUUUCGGCAGCUGAUGUUGAUUUAGAGGGCGUUUUUUUUUUUUUGAGAGAGAGAGAGAGAGAGAGAGAGAGGGAAAGAGAGAGCGAGGGGGCGGGUGUCUCUCGCGCUCGCCUCGCGCAGCCUCACAGACGUUCAUGAUAUCAACACACGGACGGUUUACUUCCACAUUCAUCGCUUAUUUUCGGGGUUUUCUGGAUAAACAACACCGUAAUCGAUGCGAGACCUUCUAACGGACAUCCGCCGCUGAUAUUACGUUCGCGUUUUUUCGGUUUUUCUCGUUUUUCCCCCUCGGUGGAGCGUUCGUGCGUUCGUUGGAUUCGUUAUGAAUUCCAGCCCGCUUCCAAACGGCAGACUCCUGCCGGACAGCCAGAGCUGGAACUCCUCCGGUUCCGACGAGGAUCUGGACGUCGAACCGGGACCCGGGCCGCACGGAGGGGUGGCGGAAUUCGGCGGGGUGCUCAGUAAGUGGACUAACUACAUUCACGGAUGGCAGGACCGCUGGGUCGUGCUGAAGAACAACACCUUGAGUUACUACAAAUCCCAGGACGAGCGCGAGUACGGCUGUCGCGGAUCGCUGUGCCUCAGCAAGGCUGUCAUCACACCUCAUGAGUUUGACGAGUGCCGGUUGGACAUCAGUGUCAACGAUAGCGUGUGGUAUCUACGCGCUCAGGACCCAGAGCAUCGCAACCAAUGGAUCGAAUCCAUCGAGCAACACAGGGUUGAGUCUGGUUAUGGUUCUGAGUCCAGUUUGAGGAGACAUGGCUCCAUGCUGUCGCUCACAUCAGCCACCAGUGGAUAUUCAGCCACCUCGACCUCCUCCUUUAAGAAAGGUCACAGUCUGAGGGAGAAGCUGGCAGAGAUGGAGACGUUUCGGGACAUCCUGUGCAGGCAGGUGGACACGCUGCAGAAAUACUUUGACGGCUGCGCUGACGCCGUGACCAAAGACGAGCUCCAGAGAGACAAGAUCGUGGAGGAUGAUGAAGAUGGUUUUCCUACCACUCGCUCCGAUGGAGAAUUCCUGCAUAACAACAAUGGCAGCAAGGAAAAAUUAUUCCAGUGUUUGAGUCAUAAAGGCAUUAAUGGGAUAGAUUUUAAAGGAGAGGCCAUCACGUUCAAGGCGACCACGGCAGGGAUCUUGGCUACGCUUUCUCACUGCAUCGACCUGAUGGUGAAGAGAGAGGACAGCUGGCAGAAGAGACUGGAUAAGGAGAUGGAGAAGAGGAGGAGGGUGGAGGAGGCGUAUAAAUCAGCCCUGUCCGAGCUGAAGAAGAAGUCUCAUUUUGGAGGGCCCGAUUACGAGGAGGGUCCAAAUAGCCUGAUUAAUGAAGACGAGUUCUUUGAUGCAGUUGAGGCCGCUCUGGACCGACAGGACAAAAUAGAAGAACAGUCUCAGUGUGAGAAGAGCAGGAUACAGAGGAGCAGUUCAGUGCCUUCAGGAGACGUCUACUCCACUGUGGGCUCUCACCGAUUCGCUGAGAAGCCCCCCUCUCGUCCUUCCUCUCCCUCAUCUUCUGCUGUAGCCUUCGCUCCUUCUCUCCAUGAGCACAGAUUCAGUGCUGAGGUGGAGGAGAUGGUUCAGAAUCACAUGACCUACUCCCUCCAGGACGUCGGUGGAGACGCUAACUGGCAGCUGGUGGUGGAAGAGGGUGAGAUGAAGGUGUACAGACGGGAGGUGGAGGAGAACGGGAUUGUGCUGGACCCUCUCAAGGCCACACACUCUGUCAAAGGGGUCACGGGUCAUGAGGUCUGCCACUACUUCUGGGACACGGAUGUCCGUAACGAUUGGGAGACCACUGUUGAAAACUUUAACAUCGUGGAAACAUUGUCCGAUAACGCCAUCAUCAUCUACCAGACUCAUAAGAGAGUGUGGCCAGCAUCCCAGAGAGACGUCUUGUACCUGUCUGCCAUUCGUAAGAUUAUGGCCAAUAAUGAGAACGAUCCAGACACAUGGCUCGUCUGCAACUUCUCCGUCGAGCACGAGAAUGCCCAGCCAAACAACAGAUGCGUUCGUGCUAAAAUCAACAUUGCGAUGAUCUGCCAGACGCUGGUCAGUCCACCAGAGGGAGACAAAGAGAUCAGCAGAGACAACAUCCUGUGUAAAAUCACAUACGUGGCCAACGUGAAUCCUGGCGGCUGGGCUCCUGCGUCUGUCCUGAGGGCCGUCGCGAAGAGGGAAUAUCCCAAAUUCCUCAAGCGCUUCACUUCCUACGUCCAGGAGAAAACUGCCGGAAAGCCCAUUCUUUUCUGAGCACCAGUUCCCCAGUUCUGCCGUCAGUGUGCCUGAGCGCCUCCAGUUCCCGCACACUCCUCUAGCUACAGCGCCCUCUAGCGACACCAAGACUCAUCGCGUCCCUUCUUCUCCAGACUGUUCUGAAUCCCGCUGCGGCGGCCCAUCGGUAGACGCUUGAUGCCGUUCUGUAGCGCCACACUAGUUCACACAGGCAGAGGACUAGUGAUGCCAAACGUCAGUGUCUGUCCCGUGUUUUCUGGCAGAGAUCUAUAUUGAUAUAAAUAUAUAUGUAUGUAUGUAAGUAAGCGAGAUGGGAAGUUUAUAUAUAACGGAGAGUUUUGAAGCUGAACACACGAGACCGGCUCUGUUUUAGUCCUGUUUUUUUUUUUUUUCCUGCUUUGAACAAACUUUUGAGCUUUGCUUUCAUUGUCCUCGUAUGAUGGUAAUUGGGAGAAAUCAAAGGCAUGUUUGUAAAUGAACUCCUGCCUUUCGAUGUUUGCCGUCUCUUUGAUGAUGCGCAGCAUUUGCCGCUGACGAGGAGACGUUUCAGUUCUUUGGCGAUUUAGUUAUAACCGUGUCUCAGCAGCUGAUAUACUGUAGCACAAUUCCAGAUCGUAACCGGCAGAAAUUUUUAACACGUUGCGUGCAGAUUAUUUGUAUAUAAUUUCAUUAUUGCUUCAGAUCGUCAGUCGAUGCUUUUACCCGACUAAUCCGACUCCAUAUGCCUUAGUGUGUGAGUGCGAGAGUGUGUGUGACUGAGAGGUGUGUACCGACUUAAACAUUUCUAGAAAAGUGCCUCAUUAUUGAUCUCGCUGAUCGUACCGCCCACGUCCGUUAUAUAUCCAAACUACAGCCACAAACCAACCUGGCGUCCUUUAGUGUUUAUACAAAGAGCAUUUCAUAUUGAUUUCUUACCUCAAGUUAUUAUUUAAACGUGAUUUUGCAAUCAGACCGAGUCGUCAGAAGAACAUCCUCUUAUUGGAGGAGCCCUGACGCCAAUCAAAUUCACUGUCCAAUGGGGAGUUGCGGUUUUAAAUCUGGGGCGUAUAUGAUAUGUAGAUGUAGAUCAGGUAGAAUUAGUUGCAUUUAUUUAUUUUUUCUUGAUUGAAUUUUUCAUCCAAAGUAAAAAAACUAAAUCUCAAGCAUUCGUAAACAAUCUUACAAGGCACAAACUGGUAAAAUAUGAAGUUCUUGUAUCUUUGUUUUCCAGUAGAAAUAUCUACAAAUUCAUAAAUCAAGAUACAUGUACUUGAGACGCAAAAUUAAGUGUUGUUUUCUUUAAAAAAGAUACAAUUUUCUUGUUUUUAAGCAUUAAUUCACUUAAUUUCUAUACGUUUUUGUUUCUAGAGUACAUAAAAUGACUGAUAAAAAUUAUUUUUUGCUUAAAAUACAAAGAAAAACAUCUGUCAGUGGAGUAAAAAAUAAUUUUGUUUUCCCUUUGAAUUACAUGUUUUUAGCCCACACACACACACACACACAUAUAUAUAUAUAUAUAUUGUUUAAGCAUAAUUUCCCUUAAUUUUGAUCUAUUUUUCAGAAAAGGUUUGCAGUAAUUUUGCUUCUACAGUAUAAAAUAAAUAAAAUGACAUAAGAUAUUAAGUCUUGUUUUCUAAAAGAAAAAGAAAAAAUUAGUUGAGUUUGUACUUAAAACAAGAAUAAAUAAGUCUGUUAAUGGGUUAAAAAUAUAUAUAGGUAAAAUUGUAAAAAUAAUAAAAUUUAUAAAAUAACAUUUUUGGAAAAUAUUUGCAUUAAUUUUGUAUCUGCAGUAAAUAAAAUGACUUGAUAAAAACUAAGCUUAUGCUUAAAACAAGAAAAAAUCUGUCAGUGAAGUAAAAAAAAAAAAAUAUAUAUAUAUAUAUAUAAUUUUUUUUUUUUUUUCCCUGACAUAUUUUUCUUGUAAAAUCACUUCAUUUUGAUAAUUUGCAUCUUCAAUUAAUGUAUCCUGAUUUAAAUAUGUUUUUUAUGUUUAUACUGGAAAACAAAAAAAAUACUGAACAGGAAAAUAAUUUUUUUGCAAAACGACAAGAGCUUUUUCAUCUUUUGCUAAAUGUUCAUUGGUCAAACUGUUUCCAUAAUAGACUGUUAAAGAUGUUGUCGAGGACGACGAGUAGAGCAGGCGCACGCCAACGUAUGUAUUUACGGUAACGUUUCCACCAGAUACGAUUUAUAAAACGUUACAACUUAAACAUUCCAGACUCCCGCUGAACCCGAAUGUACGAAUCCACCGGGGUGAAACCAUAAAUCUGAAUGUGUUACUUUAUCAAACGUACACCUGAUUUCCCCACCGAGGUGACUGUUUGCUGAUUGGAGGGGGUGGAAACAGCCAAUCAGGAGAGGCGUUCUGCUCGUGUGUUUGGCCCGAGACACGCGUCCGUCUAAAACAGUCUAGUGUGUUAGUAGUUGCAUUUGCACUGAAUGUAAUGUCAUUGGGGUUCAGAUGUUUCAUGUACAUAAUAACGUGUCACACUAAAGGUGUCAGGAUGAACAUGUACUGUGAAUAGAGGGCGGCACCACGGCCCUGUGUAGAGAGGAAUAAAAUGAUUGACAUCUUUCUGCA